GAAAAUUCACAAUAAUCAUCACUAGUCAUCACAAUGUCCUUGAUUGAAGAACAGGAGAAAGUGACACUCCAUCCAAAGCCUGGAUUUGUAGUCAAGACUAAAAUCCUAGAAUCAAAAAACUUGGCGAGAAUCUCCACCAAGGUAUUUAUAAAUAUCUGCCAUGAUGAGCAGGUGCCUAAACCACCACAAGAUUUCGAACCAGAAAUCGUGUUCCCAUUAAUCAUAGAAAAUCAAUGGGAAAUACCGAUAAUUGUAUCGAGUGAGAAGGAAACUAAGGAUAAGAAGGGAUUUCCUAGUUUGGUAUAUGACUGCUGUAUAAACAGUCGAUGUUUCCAAUGGUGUCAAAUAAGUAAAGAUUUACGAUUGAUUUUAAUUGAGUGGUGCAUUGAAUCUAUCGAGUUGUUGAAUGAAUUGACAUUGGAAAGAGAGUACACGAUACCGAAAAUGUUAGCCAAGGGUGAACUUACGCAAACUAUGGUCACGAAAAGUGAAUUGGAGAAUUCUCUUCAAAAGAAGUUGCAAGAAUUGAAACAGAAUGAGACAUUGGGACUAAUUGAAGAAAUGGCAAUUGAUGAAGAAGACGAAGAAGACAAUGGACAAUUACCCGACCUUAUGAACAUCAAUAACAAACCAAACAAGAAUUUAAUUGAGGAAAUUGAACCAAGCACUACCAAGACUCCAGCCGCUAAGCCGGUGCCAUCACUGCCACCACUGAAAACUGUGGCAGAAACUCUUCUUAGUUAUGACAUCAACGUGACAAAGAUAGAAUCACAUCCAGAUUACAAACUUGCAAUUGCAUUUUCCUGCCCUCAAAUAUCCAGCAGCAAAGACAUUGACAUACAAUAUUCACCAUCUUCAUCCACCCUCGUUAUAACAAACAAGCUUCCUGGCUUCGUAUUCAGUAAAACCUCGUCCGAUACUAAUCGGUUGGUAAUUCCGCUCGCACGUGACGUCAUUUUUAACAAACGGAAUUUAAAAAGUUUCUUUUGCGCCGAUAACAAAAUUUUCAUCUUUCUUUGAGAAAUUAGCGCGAGUGCAAUUACCGGAACAGGCAAUAGGCGCGGAAAUUACAUAUAUUAGUAAUUUUACACAAUCAAUUGAUUGUUCAAAUAUAUAAAGCCCCCAGCAAUUG